GUGGUGCGGAGUGAGGGCCCACUUUACCAAGUUUCAUGUUUCUCUCUCUGCAAUCUUAAUCGAAAAUCUGAAUCAGGGAAAAGGAAUGAAACCAUUGUCGUUGUCGGUGGAUGGCGUCCCCGCGACUGUUAGCAAGGUUUCACAGGCGACGGUACCCUCCUUCUACGGCGGUUUCAGCUUGCUGCCCUUUCGCUCCUCCUCGUUCUCUUCCUCUCCGUGACUGCUCUUCCGCCGGUAUGUCUCCUCCCAAACCAUCAACGCUCAUCCGCCGAGCUGCUUGCCUUUUCACGCUCCUCACUCUUUCCCUUUUGAUGCUUUACACUGCUACUGAUUCCAUCCGCUUCCUCCAUCUUCCGUCCGCUUCCCUUUCCUCUUCCACUUUAGUUCGCAUUUUCCCUUCCUAUCUCAAUAACUCUCCUUCUCCGAAUCCAAUGCAACAUCUUAAAGAAGUUUUGGGGAAUGCUUCUAUGGGGAAUAAUACUGUUAUUUUAACGACAUUAAAUGAUGCCUGGGCCAGUACCAAUUCAGUUGUUGACCUUUUCCUUAAGAGUUUUAUGCUUGGAGACGGCACACAUUGGCUUUUGGACCAUUUGGUGAUUAUUGCCCUGGAUGAAAAGGCAUAUAAUCGUUGUCAAGCAGUACAUAAGCAUUGCUUUUCACUUGUCACCGAGGAUGUUGAUUUUCAAGAGGAAGCAUAUUUUAUGACCCCAAACUACUUGAAGAUGAUGUGGAGAAGGAUUGAUUUCCUGCGUUCUGUGCUUGAGUUGGGUUAUGAUUUUGUUUUCACGGACACCGAUAUCAUGUGGUUUAGGGAUCCAUUUCCGCAGUUUUUCCAGAUGCUGAUUUCCAGAUUGCAUGUGACCAUUUUUUUUGGCGAUCCUGAUGAUCUGAAUAACAUGCCCAAUGGGGGAUUUAACUAUGUAAAGUCUAAUAACCGGUCAAUAGCAUUCUACAAAUUCUGGUAUGCUUCACAUGAAACUUAUCCUGGAUACCACGAUCAGGAUGUUUUCAAUAAGAUCAAGUUUGAUCCUUUAAUCUCAGAUAUCGGAUUAAAGAUUAGAUUUUUGGAUACUGCUUAUUUUGGUGGUCUUUGUGAACCUAGUAAAGAUUUGAAUUUAGUAUGCACAAUGCAUGCAAAUUGCUGUUAUGGUAUGGAUAGCAAGCUUCAUGAUCUCAAAAUUAUGCUUCAAGAUUGGAGAGCUUUCACGUCAUUGCCACCAGAUCUGAAGAAUGAAUCUGUUAUCUCCUGGAGGGUUCCUCAGAACUGCAGUCUCCAUUCGUUACACCAUUUUGAUUCACCAUCUCCAGAGAUAAAUGUUGAACAAGAGGAAGAAAAUUGAUUGGAAUUGUACAUAUGUUUAUAUUAUUAACUGUCACAAGACCUUGAGAGGGUAAGCUUUCGUUUUCCUUUGGUUUUUGUGAUCCUUCUCAUUUACGUACUGAUUUGAUGAUAGUGAGCUGACAUUUCCCAGUGGCUUCCAUUAGCAUGUCAGAAAUAGUAGCAGUUUUAUGUACUUACUACAGUUACUGGAUUUUGGUUUUUAGAGUCUAAUUGGUCGUGAGGUAUUUUAUGCUCCAAGUUCUUUUUAAUGCAGAAAAUGCUCAUCAUUUAGUUAGACUGUCUGGGAGUUUCCCACUCUUAUAUUAUCUAUCUAAUAUAGAAAGUUUUGUACUGGGAAAUUGUCCAUUUGAACUCAAAGGUUGUCUGUUUAUUUCCAUAAAGAACACUUCCAUUUAAGCAUUAA